GGAGAAGCUCCCAAACCACAGGGAUUACAAACAGUGUUCGGCAAUCCCAGAGAAGCAGCUCAUCAUGAAGAGGUGUCCAGUUCCAGUCAAGUCCUGCUGGUUUUAAAUGUUUCUCUGGCUCCAACCCAGUAGUGAUGGGUCGGUCACGAACAUUUCAGCUCUAAGAGACAGCUCUUUGAUGUGAACUACAGGAGCUGGCUCCUCAUUAGUUGCUUUUCCACUAGACCACCGCUGACCGGUUGGUCUGAGUCUGCCUUGGCCAGAUUCAGUUUCCAUUUGCAAAUGUGGCGCAGCUCAGCCCGGCUGUUCUCAGAUUUUAGUACCUAUUCCAGGGGUAAUAGCAGGACUAAUCAGAAGUGUAUAGCGCCAAUACUAUUUGAUUGACAGCUGACUGCAUUCAUUGAUUGGCUUGUGAUUUACGUCACUGACAACUCCAAAUAUUAUAGUUUAGCUGUGGACUGCAGACAUGCUGACUGCUAUCAGAGAGCUUCUCAGUACAGAGGAGCAGGUAUGACUUUAAUCACAAGCAGUGCUAGGAACGUGUGCGGCAAGUUUUGAAGUGGAAUGACCGCGAUUUUUUCUCUAACAGUCCGGAUGGUCAGCAGUAAAAACGAGAGAAAGCUGGAGGAGAAUCAGCUUUCUGACGGGGCUGGAGUUUUGCACCAACAUCGUAAAACACAGGAACUACAUAAUAUUAGCUGGCGAUGUGAAUUUUACUUUUCCUUUGCAUUAAAAGAAAAAAAAAUUCAGACAUGGCUAUUGGUUUACAUAUUCUGAGUGCGUUACCUAUGUCCAAAAGGUUGCAUAUUUAAAAAAACUUUAAAAAUCAGCCGAUCUGAGCCUUCAUUAUUAUGUAUGGGCCAGCAAUUCAUUUUUAUAAGACAAAAUUAAAUAUUUGGGUUUUGAGAACAUCAGAACCAGUCAGUAUUUUUUUUUUCACUGCAAAGAAAGGAUUAGUAGAUGUGUUCAUUUGCUUGAUACGCGUAUUAUAAAUGAUUUACCUUCUGUUGACCGGAACGCACAGCUUCGCAACUUUCCUCUUGGUCCUCAUCUGGAGAAGACUAUGCUAUAGUUUAGGUCAGGCCUAGUUCAAAAAGAUGUUUUUGAAGUUAUGUAUCAAUGCAUAAGAGCACACUAGCACAUAAAUUUAUGUGAAUAGCAAGUUUGUUUCAAUCAGAUUUGGUGUACCUUUUUGAUCUUAAGCCCUGAAAUCCUGAGACUUUUAACUUUGCAGAAGGAACUGAGCCACAGAGGUGGGUAGUCCCUACUUAAUUUUAUGAGUGUUUUUACGACACUGUUCUUUUUAUUCUUCAUUGAUUGAAUUUAUGGUUACUUUACCAACAGCAAGUAACUUAUGAAUGAAGUAGAAACAGCAACAAAAAAUGGAUCAUGCUGCAUGAGUGAUCCUGGUUGGAUGCCUGACGACCCUAUGUCAUCAUAUUCUGACAUAUAAGCCCCGCCCCCUCAGAAUAGGAAGUUACUUUUUUUUCUUGGAAAGCUCCAUCUCUGACCCCCUUGAGCUAAUCAAGAUGAUCUUGUGUCAGAAAAUAGACAACACAAAUAGUUUUUGUUAGAAGGCGUGGUCAUGGUGGCGUGGCAAAUUCAGAGAUCACGCCGUUGCCAUAUAUUUGCCUCUAAAUUCCACAUUUUUCAGCCACGCUGCACCAAACUCACUAUGAUCGAUCUUAGACUGCAGUCCAGUAUUUGGUGGACUUGGCCUAAUUCCUCCACAUCGCCCCCUAGAAAUCAUUAAAACAUCAGCCCCAAGCCAUGUUUUGACCAACAAUCAUGACAUUUGUUUUCACCCUAUAUGUGUAGGGCUGUUGUAAAAUAAUAUUUUAGUAAUUGAGUAUGCUAUAGAUUAUUUUUAUGAUUAAUUGAGUAAUCAGAGAUCUCUCUCUGUCUUGCGCUUCCCAAACCCCUCCCAGUCACCAUGAAUUCAUCAAGGUGGAAUAACUUCCACAUAGGUCACAACUGUAUCAGACAUAUACAGCUGUCAUUACAGACCAGCACUGAUCACAUUCACAUACUCAAUUGGUUACAUCGCCUAACUCCUGGCCCCUUUCAACAGUAAUUGUGCUUCUGUGUUUGUAGCCCCGGCCCUAUAAUGAAGAACAGCUCUCAGUGAUAGCCGGCUCUCAGAGCUGAAAUGUUUGUGACCAGCCCAUCACUAAGUUCUACCAAAAUCUGAGAACAAUCGGACAGAUUUACUGGAUUUGCUAAUAGAAAAUUCAUCUGGCCGGGGCAGACUAGAGGCAGACUAGCAGAAAAGCACAUUUUGAGCCGAAAUGUUUAUGACUGAUCCAUCACUACACCACAAUUCCAUUCCAGCCCACACACUGAUCCAGGGUCCUUUUGUAGUUCUGGCUUAUGUUGACUCUCUGUAUCUGCAGAAACUCCAAGAAGUUGCUUUUCCUCAGAAGGAGGCGCUGAAAAAACGUCUUCAGGAGAAAUACAGCAAAGAGCACUCAGAGUACCUCAGAGCGCAGGGCCAGGCCAAGGUGGUGGAUGGGUGUGGUCAGCACCUACAGCAGCUGUCUUUGUUGGAUGAGGACAGGCAGCGCCUCUUGCUGCUAGAGGAGGAGAAGCAGCGAGUAGCAGCACUGCGACAGAUGCAGAUAGAGUCAGAACAGUUUCGCUACUUUGAAGAUCAGCUGAGGCGUCAGGAGCUGGCUAAUAAGAGAGGAGAGGAGGCAGCGCUGAAGUUGCAGACCAAAGUGCCUGAGGUCCCAGCUGGCUGCUGUUUGUCUAAGCAGUCGAUCAAAAGCAGCAUAUAUUCUCAGAGGGUGGACCCAAACAGAAACAGGCCUGUGACUGUGACCCAACCAGUUGCUGCGUUAGCAGGAAUACACAAUAAGAGGGUGGAGGGUCUGAGGCGGGUGGUGAUUCCCAGAGAUCUGACGCAUCGGUUCCUCCUGCUGGCUGACUCCAAUACGGCCAGAGGAAUAGAAACCUGCGGUGUCCUCUGUGGACGGUUGACCCAUAACGAAUUUGUGCUGACUCAUGUGGUGAUCCCAAAACAAUCAGCUGGACCGGAUUUCUGCGACAUGGAGAAUGUGGAGGAGCUGUUUGGAUUCCAGGACCAACAGAACCUGCUGACAGUGGGGUGGAUUCAUACCCAUCCCUCCCAGACUGCAUUCCUGUCCAGUGUGGACCUCCACACUCACUGUUCCUACCAGCUGAUGCUUCCGGAGGCACUGGCCAUCGUUUGUGCUCCAAAACACAAUGAUAUGGGUGUGUUCAGACUCACUGGUGCGGGCAUGUUGGAAGUUUCUGGAUGCAGACAAAAAGGUUUCCAUCCCCACUCCAAGGAGCCUCCUCUGUUCACGGUCUGUAAGCACGUGGUGGUCAGGGACUACAAGCUCAACCUGUUGGACCUCAGAUGACAACAGAAGGGCAGUGCUUUCCUUCUUACUGCCAUGCUUUUGUGCUAAAGAGGAAGCUGUAAGCUCAUUGCCUCAGCGUUUGUGUGAACCUAUCGGCUGCUCUCACAGUGGCACAUCUGUUUUUCUGCUUCUUGUAUGUGAUGCAGUAGACUGGGUUUUCUGUACCUAAAAACACAUCAGAAGUCAUCAGAAGAUUGAGUCCCUUCACAUUGACACGUACAGUAUAAAUUAUACUGCAACCCUAUGAACUUUAUAUGAACAUAUAUUUCCUGAAUCUGCUGUGAAAUAUUUUUUUUACUCGUUUUAAACACAACAGAUGGGAUUUUCCCUAUAGUGAUGUUAGAAAAACACCAAAACCUUUUGAAAAUACUGUGUUUUGUUUUUUACUCUUCAAUUUUUGAUCCUCUGAAAAGCUCAGUAACCUGCAGCUGAUCUGUUCAGACUUCGCAUCCAUGAGACACAAGAACAGUCAAAUUCAUAACUGAAGAUCAUAGUCAGUCUACAGGUUCCCUUUUGUGUUCAUGGUUUUACCUCAAAUUAACAGGCUAGUUGCAGUUGCAUUAGACCCCAUACAGCUCUGCCUGACAGGCUAUGCCUGAAAACGGUACUCAGGGCUUUAACAAUGCUGUAUAUGCGGCCGACUGCAGCUUUCUGAAUGACUCAGCUGAUCCAGUUAGUGUUCUGAAAGAAUAAAUAUAGUUCAUUCUUGAUGUGGCAAAG